UGGUGUCAACUGUGUUGGAAUUGGUGUUGACUGUGUUGGUAGUGGUGUCGACCGUGUUGGUUAUAGUGGUGUCGACUGUGUUGGUUAUAGUGGUGUCGACUGUGUUGGUUAUAGUGGUGUCUACUGUGUUGGUUAUAGUGGUGUCAACUGUGUUGAUAGUGGUGUCGACCUUGUUGGUAGUGGUGUCGACCAUGUUGGUAGUGGUGUCGACCGUGUCGGUAGUGGUGUCGACCGUGUCGGUAGUGGUGUCGACCGUGUUGGUAUUGGUGUUGGUAAUGGUAUCAUCCUUAUGGUUGAGGUUCAGGUUGAGGUUCACUUUUAG